CAACUUUGUUUUUGCACAACAUGCAUUAGCUAGGUUCACUUAGCGAAAAGUUUCCAACAAAUUAAAGAGAAUCAUGUCUUCGGAACGGCAAAGAGCUGAACUUGACGCCAGGGCCAAGCAGGGAGAGACUGUGAUCCCUGCUGGAACAGGUGGCAAAAGCCUUGAAGCCCAGGAACACGUCGCUGAAGGGAGGAGCCGAGGAGGGCAGACAAGGAGGGAGCAGCUCGGGCCAGAAGGGUACCGGGAGAUGGGUCGCAAGGGUGGUCUAAGCACCGUGGACAACCCUGGCGGAGAACGUGCUGCUGAAGAGGGUAUCCCAAUUGAUGAGUCCAAGUUCAGGACAAGGAGCUAACUAAUUAAUGUAUUUCCAAGUUGUUUGCUACAUAUGUUAAUGUAGUUAGGGAGUGACUCGGCGUACGUGUCUGGUUUUUUUUUUUUUUU